GUUUGGGUUGAGGUGUUGAAUCCAAGUCCACUUUUGUCAACAGCCACUUUUGUAAAACAACAACAAUAUAUAUAUAUAUAUAUAUAUAUAUAUAUAUUGCACACGUAAAAAUGGAUAAAUAAAAGUGGCAUGUCGAUCAUUGUAAAAAUAUCAAUAUUUGUUAAUAUAAAUACUCAAGUAAAAGUAAAAGCUAUGGUGCAUUCAAACACAACCUGGAGCUGAACACGCUCAAGAUGAGAGAUGAUCGUGGACUUCAGGAGGCAUCCUUCGCCACAGCUGCCCCUCACGUUGUCCAGCUGCCUUGUGUCAACCGUCGAGACCUUCAAGUUCCUGGGAAUUACAAUCUCUCAGGACCUGAAGUGGGCGAACAACAUCAACUCCGUCCUCAAAAAGGCCCAGCAGAGGAUGUACUUCCUGCGGCUUCUGAGAAAGCACGGCCUGCCACCGGAGCUGCUGAGACAGUUCUACACAGCGGUCAUCGAAUCGGUCCUGUGUUCUUCCAUCACAGUCUGGUUUGGUGCUGCUACAAAAAAGGACAAACUCCGACUGCAACGGACAAUCAAAACUGCUGAAAGGAUUGUCGGUAACCCCCUACCCACCAUUGAGGACUUGCACGCUGCCAGAACUAAGACAAGGGCGUGCAAAAUCCUCUCGGACCGUCUGCACCCCGGUCACCAGCUCUUCCAGCUCCUUCCCUCAGAGAAACUCAACAUCAAGUUUGUACCAGCAGAAGAUAGAGCAGGUUUAUUGACAGUUGAGGAGAAAAAGAGGCUGAAGAACCUUCAUGAAGACAACAAGCAUUUUCUCAGAAUCCCUCGACGCCCUCAAUGGGAUGAAAGCACCAGCCCAGAGGCCCUGCAGCUGGCAGAAAAGGACAGCUUCCUCGAGUGGAGGAGAGAGCUUGCACAGCUGGAAGAAGAACAGAAGUUGUGUCUCACUCCAUUUGAGAGGAAUCUGGAGUUCUGGAGGCAGCUGUGGAGAGUCAUUGAGAGGAGUGACGUUGUUGUGCAGAUCGUGGAUGCCAGAAAUCCGUCAUUGUUCAGAUGUCCUGACCUGGAGCUGUAUGUAAAAGAGGUGUCAGAGAAUAAGGUGAAUAUGGUGCUGGUGAAUAAGGCAGACCUGCUAACCAGGGAGCAGAGGCGAGCCUGGGCCUCACACUUUGAGAAAGAAGGCCUGAGAGCGGUUUUCUGGUCAGCCCUUGCUGAAAGUGACAGGUUGGACGCAGAGGAAAAGGGCAUAGAGGUGGAGCAAUCACAAUCCGGCGAGAGUGACCAGGAAGUUGGAGCACAGCCAGACAAUGAAAACUUGAGCUUGAAGGGUGCGGAUUGCAAGGAUGAGGAGGGAGAGGAGAGCGAUAACAGGGAGGAGCUGCGGGAAAAGAUAACUGUUGAGGAGGAGGAGUGGCUAACCGCUUCUGAAGAUGAGGGGCAUGAAGAGGAGGAUAUUGUUGGGAAAUCUAAUCAGACCCCCUUCCGUAAUUCUGCUCGCCUGUUGCACAAAGACGAAUUGUUGGAGAUGUUCAAGAUGGUUCACAAUAGACCCAGAUGUAAAGACGGACAACUGACAAUCGGGCUGGUUGGUUAUCCUAAUGUGGGGAAGAGUUCAACUAUCAACACCAUUCUAAGAAACAAAAAAGUGUCAGUGUCUGCAACUCCUGGACACACAAAACACUUUCAGACUUUGUUUGUGGAGGCAGGGCUGUGCCUGUGCGACUGCCCUGGUCUCGUUAUGCCCUCCUUCGUCUCCACCAAAGCUGAUAUGAUCUGCUCUGGGAUCCUCCCAAUUGACCAGAUGAGAGACCACGUACCAGCAGUCUCUCUCGUCUGCCAAACAAUCCCUCGGCAUGUAUUUGAGGGCACGUAUGGCAUCAACAUCAUCAGGCCACGAGAGGAUGAAGACCCCGACAGACACUCCACUUCGGAGGAACUGCUUAUGGCAUAUGGAUACAUGAGGGGCUUUAUGACAUCGCAUGGCCAGCCUGAUCAGCCCAGAUCUGCUCGCUACAUCCUGAAGGAUUACGUCAAUGGAAAGCUUCUGUACUGCCAUCCUCCUCCUCACAUAGAGGCUGAGGACUUUCAGCCACAGCACAGUAAAUUCCAAAGAAACGAUCUGGACAACUGUGACCUCACUUCAACAAGUAACAAAGGAAAAGUCAAGAGAAUUGAAAAUACAGUGGACAAGAACUUCUUUCAUGCGGAGAACGUACGAGCGCUCUCCAAAGGAGUCCAGGGUGUCAUGGGCUACAAACCAGGCAGUGGAAUCGUGGCUCCUGGAAAAGCCGGAAGGGAGACCAUGGUGGGAAAACCCUGGAAGAAACACGGCAACAGGAACAAGAAGGAGAAAGUGCGUCGGCUUAACAAGCAUCUCGAUGCCUGAUCAUUAAAACGUGAAGCUGAGAUUAGUCCGAACGGGAUGGAAAAACACUCAAACUGUGCUAUCAAUGAUUUAAUGGUGAACUGCAUCUGUAUGUUGUUGAAGGCCUCAUAAUCCUGGAGAUGCCUUGAUGUUAACUAAUGGCAUACGUCAUCUAUAAUGGACUGCUAUGAUUUGUAGGUCUACAUAUGGAAUAUAUUCCAUCAACUGGAUCAUCAGUCAUCAGAGCAAUAAUAUCAUGACUAAUAAUAAAAAGAUCAGAAUUGUUACUUUUACAAAAAUUUAAAGAAGGCACAAAUCUCCAUUCAACCAGUACAUCACCUCGUUUCUACAAUACAGAAUAUCUUUACAGUUACGAUCUUUGUAUCAAUGAAUUGGAUAAAAUUAUGAAACUA